CAGAGUGGAUUAAAGCAGCGUGCGUGAGAGGAAAGCCACUCGACAAACGACUGUGUAACCAAGUGAGAAACCCCGGCGUGUAAUAGCAAGUCCGUCACACCAGUUUGCAGCUGCGAAACAGCAAAGGAAAGCCUCUUGGUGAACUCAGUUAGUGCCGUGUAUUGUGUGCCAGGCAGGGAGAGCUCGGCGGGAAUGGCUUCAUCUCCGUGCGGCAACAGUAACUUUGAUUCCGGCCUGGAAAUCAAAACUCGCUCGGUGGAGCAGACGCUUAUUCCUUUAGUAUCGCAGAUCACCACUCUGAUCAACCAUAAAGACAAGCCAAAGAAGUCCGAGCGCACCCUGGCAGCCAUACACAGGGUGGGCCAGGCAGUGAGCGUGGCAGUGGGACGUUUCGUUGCCGUCGGGGAAGCCAUCGCCACAGAGAACCAGGAGCUGAAGGAUGAGAUGGGUCAAGCCUGCUUCGAGGCACGCAGAGCAGGUGAUGCCAUAGCCCAGCUGACAGAUGUGGGAUCAGCCUUGCCGUCCCAGACAGACGGACGUGUCACGGUGUUCAGCGAUAGGACAGGGAUGGUGAAGGCUGCACGCUUGCUCCUCUCUUCAGUCACUAAAGUCCUGGUCCUAGCUGACCGCAUCGUCAUCAAACAGAUAAUCACGUCACGGAACAAGGUCCUGGUUACCCUCGACCAUCUGGAAAGAGUCAGCACCUUCCAGGAAUUUGUACAGAUUUUCAGCCAGUUUGGCAAUGAGAUGGUGGAGUUUGCCCACCUCACAGGAGACAGACAGAACGACUUGAAGGAUGAGAAGAAGAAAGCGCGGAUGGCAGCAGCCAGAGCGGUGCUGGAGAAAUGCACCAUGAUGCUCCUCACAGCCUCCAAGACUUGCCUUAGGCACCCAGAUUGCGAGUCGGCACGAAUCAACAAAGACGCCGUUUUCCACCGAAUGCGCUGUGCCCUGGAGCAGGUCAUCGAGAUAGUCACUGAGGCACGGAGCUGCGGGGAGAACAAGAUUCUUCCUGCCAGCAUCUACAACGGCAUCAAGGACUUCAAGGCCGGAGGUGAGUCGAAGGCUGAAACCAUACCCCGCACUACUUGUCAUUUAAGAAUGAGAUCAAGUGCUUUAAUAAACUCCGGCGUGGAGUGCCUGCGGGAGAACCUGUACUCCAUGUCACCCGAGAGCGUGGACAGCCAGCUGGAGGCGCUGGUGGAGCGGACAGAGGACUUUACUGACUCGGCCUACACCAGCCACGAGCAGCGGCAGGCCAUCCUAAGUUUGUGCCAGCUGGUGCGCCAGGACACCCAGCAGCUGAUGCACGCCUGGAUUGAGGCGCAGUCCGUCCACGCCAAAGAGGCCACAGAGGACAUGGAGGUGGCCAUCCUGAAGACAUGCCAGAGCGUCAGUGACCUCAGACGUGAGCUCCAUAAGGUGGCAGUUGGUCGUGCCUCAGACCUGCUGAAAGUUCACGGAGAGCAGUUGCCUCUGCGGGCUCUCAAAGCUGCAGGCGCCGAGGGAAACCUGGAGGCAGUGGCGGAGUAUUCGCGCACGCUCACCGAGCAGAAGGAGCAGCUGGUGGAGACCUGUCGGCUGUUGUGCCAUGUGUCGGGGACAGAGCCGCUGGAGAUUACCUGUAUACACGCUGAGGAGACCUUCCAUGUCAUUGGUCCACAGAUCAUCUCGGCAGCACAGACGCUGGCCCUCCACCCGUCCAGUAAGAUCGCUAAGGAGAACCUGGAGGUGUUCUGCGAGGCCUGGGAGUCGCAGCUCUGUGACAUGGCCCUGCUGCUGCGAGAGAUCAAUGACGUCUUUGAAGGCAGGCGAGGAGACAAAAGAUCUUAUUUGUCACUUCCCAGACCCGGGUGCCAUUCUCUUUUCCCACAGAAACACUCGGCUAAUUUGAAGACCGCCAAGGCUGUCAAGUUGGAUGCAGAGGAGCAGACAAGCAUGGCCAAGCUGGGCCUGGAGCUCCGUCUGCUAUCAUCAGAUGUGGACACAGAGGUGGAGAAGUGGGAGGAGCAAGAACAUGAUAUUGUUCGACAGAGCCAGAGUCUGGCCAGUAUGACCUACAACAUGUACCUGUUCACCAGAGGGGAGGGGCUGCUGAAAACAACACUAGAUCUUUUUCAUCAAGCUGAGGUUCUAUCUGAAGAGGGGCUCCAGCUGUGCUCAUCUCUACGCACCUUUUCCACUCAGCUGGUUGAUGAGGAAAAGUCUGUGGUGAUGACAGAGAUGGAGAAAUUGGUGGCAUUAUGCCAACAGCUGCAGACGGGGGCCAAGACUCCUGUACAGGGCAAGACUGCCACCUUCCAGAAGGUGGACUCGUCCAUUCAGACGACUAGAGGCAUCUUGACUGUGGUACUCUCCCUCCUCCCAUUCUGUAACAAGCUCAACAAAAAGUACAAGUCAGAGAGGAGUAGUUUGGGUUCCCCACAUGACUGGAGAGAGAGGCAGGAUGCUUCCACACCUGUCAAAGAUGAGGGAACUCUCAACAGCAAGAACAGCAACGGCUUCGGUGUCAAAUCCUUGGAGCAGCACAUGGCCGGUCUCAACCUGCUGGAGAGCAAAUAAUCCAGGAAAUAGCCACAUCCCCCUUUUUGUUCACUUUUCUCCCUUGGAGCAGCACAUAGUCCACCUCACCUUUCUGGAGAACGUGUAAUCCAGGAAAUA